AUGGCAGCUCCACAAGGGGGUUACCCUCCCCAGGAAGGGGGGGGGCCAGCACCAGCUGCGGGCGGAAAAAAGAAGAGAACAUAUGCUGGUCAAGCUUUUGAGUUUGGCGCCGGUGCCAAUGCUGCUCUUGGAGGACAGCCUGUCGCAGGAGGUGCCUACGAUGCCUACCCCCAGCAAGCUCAGCAGCCCGUGGGAUACCAACAACCCACAUACGGUGCUGACCCCAGCCAGCUGCAACAACCAGCUGCAGGCUAUGGAGCACCAGACGCCGGUGUUUCGCAAAUGACACAGCAAUUCGGUGGCAUGGGAAUGGCCGAGCCACACCACAUGCCCCCGCCUCAACAGCCAGCGGUCCAGCCUCAGCGUAAUGUUCAGCUCAAUCAGCUCUACCCUACGGACCUUAUCUCCCAACCUUUCAACGUCGCAGAAUUGGACUAUCCUCCUCCUCCCAUUAUUCUGCCUCCCGGAUCCAGUGUUUACCCGUCCCCCACAGCCAAUGUCCCCACAAAGUAUAUGCGCUCGACCCUGAAUGCUGUCCCGACAAAUAACUCCCUCCUCAAGAAGUCCAAGCUUCCAUUCGCUCUUGUUAUUCAGCCAUACGGCGCUCUUCACGAUUCAGAGGACCCCAUUCCUGUGAUUCCAGACCAGGUCAUCUCACGAUGCAGACGCUGCCGAUCAUACAUCAAUCCCUUCGUCACCUUCCUUGACCAUGGCCACCGCUGGCGCUGUAACAUGUGUAACCUUACCAAUGAUGUUCCUCAGGCGUUCGAUUGGGAUUCGACCUUGCAGAAACCAGCAGACCGUGCUCUGCGCGAUGAUCUGAACCACAGCAUGGUCGAGUUUGUUGCGCCUCAAGAAUACAUGGUUCGCCCUCCUCAGCCGCUCGUGUAUCUGUUCUUGAUCGAUGUUAGCUACUCUUCCGUAGCAAGCGGUCUCUUGGCUACAAGCGCACGCUGCAUCAAGGAGAGUCUCGAUCGAAUUCCUAAUGCCGACCGCCGAACACGCCUCGGCUUCAUUGCAGUGGAUUCGAGCUUGCAUUACUUCAGUAUCCCCCGCGAUGGCUCUGAGAGCUCGGAUGCCCGUAUGUUGGUGGUCAGCGACCUUGAUGAGCCCUUCCUGCCCAUCCCCACUGACCUCUUGGUCACGCUGAGUGAAUGCCGAGAGAAUGUGGAUUCCUUCCUCGACAAGUUACAGGAAAUGUUCCAGAACACCCAGAACAACAGCUGCGCCAUGGGCUCCGCUCUCAGAGCUGGCUACCAGCUGAUCUCCCCUGUCGGUGGUAAAAUGACUGUUUUGAGUGCCUCUCUGCCAAACAUUGGCCAUGGCGCACUUACUAUGCGUGAGGAUAAGAAGGUGCUGGGCACAAGUAAGGAGUCCAGUCUUCUCCAGACCGGUAACUCUUUCUACAAGAGCUUCGCCGUUGAAUGCUCAAAAGCUCAAGUGUCUGUGGAUAUGUUCCUCUUCUCCGCCCAGUACCAGGACGUGGCAUCAUUGAGUAACCUGCCUCGCUACACUGGUGGUCAGACCUACUUCUAUCCCGGUUGGAACGCCAACCGCAAAGAGGAUGCCAUGAAGUUUGCUCAGGAAUUCUCUUCAUUCUUGUCCUCCGAGAUUGGUUUAGAAGCCGUUCUCCGUGUGCGUGCUACUACUGGUCUCCGCAUGAGCACAUUCUACGGAAACUUCUUCAACCGCAGCUCUGACCUCUGCGCAUUCCCCGCCUUUCCUCGUGAUCAGGCGUACGUUGUUGAGGUGGCCAUCGAUGAGACUGUCACAAAACCCGUUGUCUGUAUGCAGGCCGCGGUGCUGCACACUACCUGCAAUGGCGAGCGUCGCAUUCGUGUCCUUACCUUGGCGCUGCCAACCACACAGAACCUCGCAGACAUCUAUGCUUCAGCCGAUCAGCAGGCCGUGGCAACCUUCUUCAGCCACAAAGCGGUUGAGCGUACUCUGAGCAGUGGUCUUGAGCCAGCUCGUGAGGCUCUCCAGGCCAAGAUUAUCGAGCUUUUGACUACCUACCGCAAAGAACUGGCUGGUGGUAGCGUGAGCGGUGGUGGUCUCCAAUUCCCAGCUAACUUGCGUGGUCUGCCUGUGUUGUUCCUUUCCAUGAUUAAGAAUCUUGGUCUUCGCAAAUCUGCCCAGAUUCCGACGGAUAUGCGAUCCGCCGCCUUGUGUCUGUUGUCGACUUUGCCCUUGCCCCUUCUCAUCCAGUACAUCUACCCCAAGAUGUACUCGCUCCAUGACAUGCCCGACUCCGCAGGUAUUCCUGAUCCCCAGACUGGGGAGACCAUUCUUCCCCCAACGGUCAACUUGUCCUCUCAGCGUCUUGCCUCAUACGGCUUGUACCUGAUUGAUGAUGGUCAGGCACAGUUCCUCUGGGUUGGUCGUGACGCGGUACCACAGCUCAUUGAAGACGUGUUCGGUGCACCCGACCGCAACCAGUUGAUCGUGGGCAAGUCAUCUCUGCCCGAGCUCGACAACGAAUUUAACCAGCGCGUGCGUGCUGUAGUGGAGAAGAGCCGGGACCAUAAAUCCAAGGGAGUGGGCAGUAUGAUCGUACCCCACUUAUACGUGGUUCGCGAGGAUGGGGAACCUGGUCUCCGUCUUUGGGCCCAGACGAUGUUGGUGGAGGAUCGGGCCGACCAGAGUAUGAGCCUGGAUCAAUGGAUGACUACACUUCGAGAGAAGGUUGUGCAGUAA